UUAACAUAGGCCUAUGUUGACAUCAAAAAGAUGGUACUCAUCACAGAGGAGAUGGUUCGAAGCCGAUCUGAGCACAACAAUUGUGAGAUAUUUUCGCUGGAGGAGGUGUCCUUGCAUCAGCAAAACAUUGAAAGAAUAGAGCACCUCGACAGGUGGUGCAGGGAACUCAAAAUCCUGUAUCUUCAGAACAAUCUGAUACCGAAAAUAGAGAGUGUAAGUCGACUGAAGAAGUUGGAAUACCUUAACCUUGCCUUAAACAACAUCGAGCUGAUUGAAAACCUGGAAGGAUGCGAGAGUCUUCAGAAGCUGGACUUGACUGUGAACUUUGUGGGCCAAGUAAGCAGUGUGGAGUCAUUGAGGAGCAACCUCCAUCUUAGAGAGCUCUUCUUGGUGGGAAACCCCUGCACUGAGUUUGAGGGCUACCGGCAAUACGUAGUGGCUUCCAUUCCCCAGCUCAAGUGGCUAGAUGGGAAGGAGAUCGGCCGGUCAGAGAGGAUUCGAGCUGGGCAGGGAUUGGAGGAGGUGAGGAGGCGCAUCAAGCAACAGGAGCAGGAGUACCUGAAGAAGAGAAGGAAGGAGAAGGAGGAGAGCAAUAAAGAGAAACUGGAUAACAAGGUCCUCACCAACGAAAAGAAACCAGGCUUUGUUGGGCGCUGGUACACGGAUAUCAAUAACACUGUCCCAGAGCCAGAAGGUAAUGAGGAGAACUUGAAGGUGGAACAGUCAGAGAAGGAGAUCGCCAGCCACUCGUCCGUGGAGAAGGACAAGGAGUUCUGGGAGAAACCAUGCGCCUUUACUCCCGAGUCACGCCUGGAGGCCCACCAACACCAAGAGGACAUGAAGAAGGAGAAAGAGAGGGGGAAGGAGAAGAAGCCCAAGCCCCCCAGGACUCUGAUCACCCCUGAGGGACGGGUGAUGAACGUCAACGAAGCCAAGCUAGGUUUUGUGCUCAGAGACGAGGAGGACAAGAACAUGCUUGUUUUGGACCUGGAAGUCUACAGACAUAUGGACACCUCUCUCAUGGAUGUUGACAUUCAACCAGUGUACGCUAGAGUUACAAUCAAAGGGAAGAUUUUCCAGCUGGUGCUGCCUGCAGAAGUGAAGCCAGACAGCUCUACAGCCAGGAGGUCCCAAGCCACCGGUCACCUGGUCCUCACCAUGCCUAAGGCUCAAGGUGAAAUCAAGCCAGCAAAAACUGCAUCCCAACCAUCAAAAGCUUCUCCAUGCACAUCAGAAGAAAAGAUAAGGACAGACAAGGGGACCGAGCGUUUGGAAGUGGACCCAAGCAAACAUUCUGUCAUCGACUUUGCAAACAUCGUACCGAGAACAACGACCACCAGAGAGGGACCGCUCGACUUAUCUCGUAAACAACAUCCCUCUGCAACAGAAGACUUUACAUUUUCAGCUGGAUUUGUUGAUGACCCCGAUGUCCCCCCAUUGAUGUGAGAGAAGAAAGCAUAUCAGACUGUCAAAUGUCAAAAGAAGGUUAGAGCUGAAGCUGUCACAGAAGUCUAUACUUGUCUGAUUUGUUUAAUUGAAACAAACACAUUCCUCACAUAUGUAAUGACAUUAUUUGCAGGGCUGUUUACAGUUGUACUGAAAACUAGCAAAUACUGUUUUUUCAAAUGUUCUCACGAAGUGGAGAUUAAGUUUAAUAUCUGUGUAAAACAUUGUCAAUUACGUCAAAUA